UUCGUAAUUAAUGGCGGAGGUCUAUGUGAUUGGACAAAUAUUGAAAGCUGUUGAUUUUCGAGAACCACACAUUUUUUGCAAGUGGAGUUUACAGAGUGGUACCGCCUGGCGUGUUGCCCAAGGAGAAGCCCAGGGCCAAACAUUUGUGUCCGCCAAUCGAUUGGAAUCAUCUUCGGAUUUCUGCCAACCAUUAGAUAUACACUUGGCCACAGCCUCGGUGCAGGGUUGGCCUAAGCUGCAUUUGGAAGUGCAUGCCGUUAAUGUCCUAAAUAAAUCCUGGCCAGUUGGUUACGGGUUUGUACAUUUACCCACUAAACCAGGACUACAUCGUCUGGAAGUGUUAACUUGGAAAAUUGCCCCGCGCUCCUGGUACGAUAGUGUGAGAGAAAAAUUUGGAGGUGGUGGUUUGGCGUUGUGCAAGGAGGAUUUAAUAUUUAGCGGCUUGGAAAGAUACAAACUCCAAACCCGCACCUCAGGCAAAAUAAUCAUCGACAUCAAUUUAAUAUUUCGCAAUUUUGCCAAAUUUGGUAUUGAAUUCAAGUGA